AUGGAUCUCGUACAAACGGUGCGCAAAGAAGGAAGCCGCGGCGGUCGCGCCGACUUCAAAUGGGAAGACGUCAAGAACGAUGCACAACGCGAAAACUAUCUCGGCCACUCGCUCAUGGCGCCUGUUGGUCGCUGGCAACAAGGACGUGACCUGAACUGGUAUGCAAAAGGCGACGAAGAAUCCAAAGAAGCCGAGGCAGCGCGCAUCAAAGAAGAGAAGCGCAAGCUGAAGGAGGCUGAGGAGGACGCGAUGCUGGCUGCUAUGGGCUUGCCGGUUCCGGUACGCAACAACGCAAACCUGACGCCGCUGGGCGAGAAGGUACACCAGGCAGAUGUCAAAGACACAUUGGACGAGAAGGUCAAGGCGGAAGAGGAUGACGACAAGGCGAAGAAGAGGGAGAAGAAGGAACGUUCGCGGAGACACAGGGACGAUGACGGAGAGCGAAGGCGACGGCAUCGAUCACGGAGUCGCUCACGCGACAGAGAGCGAAGACAUAGACACCGAGAUCGCUCACGGUCGCGCGACAGGCGGAGAGACGGUGGUCGCGAUGACAGACGUAGACAUCGAUCGCGAAGCCGCGACCAUAAGCGAAGGAAAGAUUAUACAGAGCGCAAGCGCGAACCUGACGUCGAUGCGAAGCGAUCAAGGUCACUCUCCAGAGACCGUAGACGUCGGAGAGAUACAAGGAGCAGGUCACCGCACAAGAGGAGCGAGAGGAGGAGAGAUUGA